AAUCGUGGGGGAGGACAGAGGCCACGCCCCUUCCGCGGUACCGGAGCGCGCGCGGCGGCUCCGGGACCCCCGAACCGAACCGGGGACCCCGGAACCGAACCGGGGACCCCAAAAUCGGCCCCGGGACCCCCGGACCCCGCCAUGGACCCGGACCCGAAUCCCGGGGCCGCCACGGACCCGGCACCGGCACCGGCACCGGCACCGGGGGGGAAGCGGCGGCGCUUCACCGUUCGGCAGGAGGGUCCCGAGGAACCCCCGGUCCCGUCGCUGUUCAGAGCCUCCGCCGCUCCCCCCCCGGUGCCGGUGCCGGUUCCGAUCCCGCCCGGUCCCGGUUCUUACGCUGAGUUCGUGGUGAGGGGCUCGGGGGGAACCGGGAAGGACCGGGAGCAGAACCGGGACGGGGACCAGAACCGGGACCGGGAGCAGAACCGGGGUCCAGAUCAGAACGGAGAUCGGGACCGGGACCGGGAGCAGAACCGGGACCAGAACCGGGACGGGGAUCCCGGAGCCGCCGGAACCGCCCCCUCGGGACCCCCGGGACCCCUCGCGACCCCCGGGGAUCAGAACCGGGACCGGGACCAGCCCCGGGACUCGGCGGUGCCGGUUCCGGUGCCCCGAGCGGGCACCAGCAGCAGCGGCGUCAUCGUCAGCCCGCGCCAGCGCGGCAACCCCGUGCUGCGCUUCAUCCGCAGCGUGCCCUGGCACUUCGGGGACGUGGCGCCCGACUUCGUGCUGGGCGCCGGCGCCUGCGCGCUCUUCCUCAGCCUCAGGUACCACCAGCUGCACCCCGGGUACAUCCACGAGCGGCUGCGGGCGCUGGGCCGGGGCUGCGGCCUCAGGGUGCUGCUGCUGCAGGUGGACGUGCGUGACCCCCACCAGUCGCUCAAGGACCUGGCCAAGGUUUGUCUCCUCGCCGACUGCACGCUGCUGCUGGCCUGGAGUGCGGAGGAGGCCGGCCGUUACCUGGAGACGUUCAAGUCCUACGAGCAGAAGCCGCCGGAUCUGCUGAAGGAGCGCGUGGAGCACGACUUCCUGUCCCGGGUGACAGACUGCCUGACCAGCGUCAAGUCCGUCAACAAGACGGACGCCCUGAGCCUGCUGGGGACCUUCGGGUCGCUGGCGGCCGUGGCGGGCGCGGCCCGGGGGGAGCUGUCCCUGUGUCCCGGCGUGGGACCCCAGAAGGCCAAGCGACUCUUCGAUGUCCUGCACGAGCCUUUCCUCAAGACCCCACGAUGAGACCCAAAACCCCCAAAAAUC